CCGGGCGCGCGUGGAGCGACCAGGCGAGGGCACGGGUUGGGGGUUCCAGUCAGCGACCUGGCUCUGCGUUUGCGAUCACCCCGGGACCUGGUACCCCACUCCCUGCUCAAGGUCUCCUACGUGGUCGCUGGCAGGAAUCGUAGGUGGGGGUACAGAGAGGGCAAGGAUCAGGCCACUGCAUCUGUCUCGCGGCUUCUGGCGCAGACACGCUUACACACUCGCUGACACCCAGCACUGGCCGGCAGACGCAGGGACAGUCUGGGACUGGCUGACACACACAUGCUAGUAUGGACACACGGGCACACUCAUGCUGGCACAUACACUGACAGCCACUGCCACACACUGGUGACAUACAGUGGCACGACGUCAUUCACGCUCCUGGCACACACUCGUCUGUCAACACGUUCUUGCUGAUAGUCCUGUUAGCACACACAGGUUACACUCCAACAGGAACCAACUCUCACACACCCUUAUGCUGGCACACACAUGUGGGCACGCACACAUCCACUGUCACUUGGACUGUGUACAUGUGGCUGGCUGGCAGACACAUGUUGACACCCUCAUCGAGAUGACAUGAUGCCGGCACGUCUCACCAACACCGUUGAAGACAACAACAGGGUGUUCAAGAAGGCAAGCCCAAAUGGAAAGCUCACAGUCUACCUGGGAAAGCGGGACUUUGUGGACCACAUCGACCUCGUGGACCCUGUGGAUGGUGUGGUCCUGGUGGAUCCUGAGUAUCUCAAAGAGAGGAGAGUUUAUGUAACGCUGACCUGUGCCUUCCGCUAUGGCCGGGAAGACCUGGAUGUCCUGGGCCUGACUUUUCGCAAGGACCUGUUUGUGGCCAAUGUACAGUCCUUCCCACCAGCUCCUGAGGACAAGAAGCCUCUGACACGGCUACAGGAACGCCUCAUCAAGAAGCUGGGAGAGCACGCCUACCCCUUCACCUUUGAGAUCCCACCAAACCUUCCAUGUUCUGUGACUUUGCAGCCAGGGCCUGAAGACACAGGGAAGGCCUGUGGUGUGGACUAUGAAGUCAAAGCCUUCUGUGCCGAGAACCUGGAGGAGAAGAUCCACAAAAGGAAUUCUGUGCGCUUGGUCAUCCGGAAGGUUCAGUAUGCCCCAGAGAGGCCUGGCCCCCAGCCCACAGCUGAGACCACCAGGCAGUUCCUUAUGUCAGACAAGCCGUUGCAUCUAGAGGCAUCCCUGGACAAGGAGAUCUAUUACCAUGGAGAACCCAUCAGUGUCAAUGUCCAUGUCACCAACAACACCAACAAGACUGUGAAGAAGAUCAAGAUCUCGGUGCGCCAGUAUGCCGACAUCUGCCUCUUUAACACGGCGCAGUACAAGUGCCCUGUGGCCCUGGAGGAGGCUGAUGACACAGUGGCACCCAGCUCAACAUUCUGCAAGGUCUACACGCUGACCCCCUUCCUGGCCAACAAUCGAGAGAAGCGGGGCCUUGCCCUGGAUGGGAAGCUCAAGCAUGAAGACACGAACCUGGCUUCCAGCACCCUGUUGAGGGAAGGUGCCAACCGUGAGAUCCUGGGAAUCAUUGUUUCCUACAAAGUGAAAGUGAAGUUGGUGGUGUCUCGGGGCGGCCUGUUGGGAGAUCUUGCAUCCAGUGACGUGGCUGUGGAACUGCCCUUCACCUUAAUGCACCCCAAGCCCAAAGAGGAACCCCCACAUCGGGAAGUUCCAGAAAACGAAGCACCAGUAGACACCAAUCUCAUAGAACUUGACACGAAUGAUGACGACAUUGUAUUUGAGGACUUUGCCCGCCAGAGACUGAAAGGCAUGAAAGAUGACAAGGAGGAAGAAGAGGAUGGUACUGGCUCUCCACACCUCAACGACAGAUAGACUGGGGCUGGCCCUCCCUCCGGGCGGCUCCAGGUCCACUUUCUUGCACUCGGAUGCUUACUCGUUGUCUUCCCGUUCUGGUUUCCCUUCCCCUUUGUUCUUCCAGUUUCUACCAGGGGCCCCCAUACCCACCAUCAAAGGGGGUCCUUCCCUAGAAGGUGGUCUUCCAGGUCUCAGUGAUGAACUCUGGCCUCAGGACUGGCUCCAAAUCACCAUGCCAAAAGGACCACCACCUUCACUCCUCUUUCUGCGGUCACCUGUCCUCCCCACUUUUCAUGCUCACUCCCAGAAAGGCCACCACAGCCCUGGGCCUUGGGACUUGCCUUGAGACAGGGAGCAAAAGGGGGAGGGUGAAGCAGGAGGGGUGCAGUGAUGGUGGGCAUGACGGCAUGGGGGUGGGCACGAGGGCUCAAGACACACAAGAUGCCUGCAGUCCUAGGCGGUGACAUAGUUCUGGCAGCUAAAAGGUGACAGUAUUGAGGGCAAGCCCUUUCUGGCUGGAAGGGCAGAACUGUGGUUAGAUUCUUAAUACCUUUUUUGCAGUUCAGACCCACAAAGACCCUUUCUACCCUCAUCCUUGGCCCAUGUCCCUGUGUCUGAUAGUGACAUUGGUGAAGGUACAUAGAGCCUAAGAAUGGAGAAAAUCAAUGGACACUUUUUUAUCAGCAGAUACCUAGAUUGAGGCAUGCUGCGUGACCUAGCCACUUGUAUUUCAGUAUUGUCAAGAUGUGACAUCUUAACUACUUUGUAUUUUGUGUGUGGACCCAUCUGUAACUACAUGCCCAGAGAGAGGAAGGGGGUCUUCAGCAAGCAUCAGCCCCUGGCAGUGAACUGAAGCUUCUGACAUGGCUUUCAGAGAUGGGGCAGUGGUGAUAAGAUGGGAGUCCACCAUAUAUCCCUUCCUUGGUGGGCCUAGAUGAUCAUGCAGUAAGCAAAGCUGGAGGACCAGAGGCAGUGGGUCCCCACUGUUGCCUUGGAGAGCCCCCUAUAGUUCUCCAGGGCUGGGCUGGGCUGGCCAUGCAAACCACCGUCCCCACCAUCAAAGAGGGUCCUUUCCCAGAAGGUGGCAGGCUCCAUCGAGAUGCCCGCUCCCAGAUGGAAGGAGGUUGUUUUGCUUUCCUUGGGGGAACUGAUGACCCUAGUACUUCCCAGUGUCAUGGGAACCUACUACCCAUUGGCUGGUGGUGAAUGGGACCUGUGCCAUUUCCCAGGGCAAUAGGGCAGACAAGAGAUAAGUAGAAAGUGUUCAAAGUUAUCCUUGUCUGAUCUUGAUGCUAACUUCUUAUGUGACCUUGGGCAAGUUCCUUCACCUCUUUGGGCUUCAGAUCCUCACUGGGAAAGCCCAGGAGUUUGACCAGAUCAUCCCAAAGGGUUGCCAGCUCUUGCUACUGAGAACCUGUGAGCAUUACAGCAGUUGGUCUACAGGUGGAGCCCAAGCUGCUGAUUGUUCCGUUCCCCUCCAGAGGGGAUUCACCGAACCUCAGAGGUGGCAUGGAUGACAGCACCUAGUCCAUUCUUCAAGUCUAGGAAGGGCCUUUGUUGGUCUCAUAAGGGUUGCCUGAUUCAAGCUGGAGCCAUAGCCUUCAUGAACUGCUCUGCCCUAGGUCCUAAAUAUCACAAGGAUUUGCUGAGGCUUGGGUGGGGUGAGGGCUUGUGAUAGGGUCUCCAGGACCACACAAAACCCCCUGAAGAUGUGGAAACCCUGAGGUUUACUCAGGCAAAUGUACUGAUUAGCUGGGCAAAGGGCUCUCUCCCUUCUAUCUAGUCCUAUACUUGACCAAAAAGCAAGAUCACAACAUUUUGUUUGAGUUGGAUUCCAACUCAAACACAUCCAGGGAUGUUCUGUGCAACUAUUUCUCAUGGCCAAAUGACCCUGUCACCUAGCCUGACCCUGCUCCUUCUAAAUCUCAUGGGCAGUCAGCCUAAGAGACCCCUUCUCAGGUCAGAACUUAGUCAGCUGGGGGCAGUCAUACUCUUAGUCCUGGGAUCCUAGCUGCAGGUGCCCCAGGCAUCCAGCCCCUGCUGGAGCUUGCUGGGCUGUUUGCAUCUCACCUAGGCACCUGUAGAAUUGAUGAAAUUCUAGAACAGUGCAUGGCAAGCACUUCCUCUGAACUCUUUAGCAUUUGUGGUAACUGCUCCCCAGCAGACCUCUGUCCCCAUCUUCAGCAUGUGCACACAAAGGGUUUCCCAGGCUGGCUUCUUGAGCUUCCUACACCUGCACAUCCCACUCACCUUUUGGAUUUAUCCCAGUGUUAACUGAAAUUCCUCCAGCUGCAGGGAAAUGCCUGAUUCUUCCAGCCAGGACUGCCCAAGACCAACGGUCAAAUUCAUUGGAAGCUAAACUGACCACCCUUGCUGAAAUUAUCUUUAUGCCCAGCACUAGAAACACUGAAAUUAGUCCAUCCCAACCCCUGUCCUUAGGAGGGUCAUGGUUAGGGGAAAGUUAUAGGGAGAAAUAAUAAGAGGGCCAUUGCAUUCAAGGCUCCUUGGCUGCUGCUGGUCCAUAUAGUGCCUUGGUGUGAAGUAGGACACAAUGACCCUUCCGGGUGGAUUCAGACCCAUGCUAGAAUGCACAGCCUUGUGAGUGACACCUGGAUUUCAGCAACAUUUGCCCUUUGGCCAGGUGCCCUUCUACACAACUGUGUGCUGCAGAGGGCCAACUGUGGGACACAGAAGGCAAAGUGGCUUUUGGUCUCUUCCUGAGGAGAACCCAGAUGUCUUUCCAGACUUCUGGUCAGCUCCAGACACCACACCCUCUUUAGUAUUACUCCUCCCCACCCCAACACAACUGAGUGCUUCUCUGCAGGGUCUCUCUAUUCUAGAAGGUCAACUUGGCCAAGUGAAACCUUGGGGUGAAACAGGGUGGGGAGCCUCACUAGACCCCUGGCACUAACCCAUUGCAUUGGCCACUUCUGUGCUGAGCAUUCAGGGCCUGUGCCAACCAAGAAGUCCCACACUGGGACUUUCCAGUGGGCCGUGAAGGUGACAUGCCAAUGCCAGUAUGGGCAGGAAGGAAGAACAUGCCCUGGGUAAAAGUCCAACAAGCAUAGGGCCAGCUAGACUUGCUUAGUGUAGCAACCAAGAAUUUGGCUGGACCCCUGGCCUCCACUUCCAAGCCUAGAUAGGGUAGGGUGGGCUUAUCUUGUUUGAGUCCAGUGGAAGAGCUGCUGACAAGCUGGUUCCCACAUGGGGCAGUGAAAGGAAUGCUAUCCUGAAGGUCCCCAGUGUCACCUCUCAGUCCUGUCUGUCACCAACAAGCUGGGUGGCCUUGAGUAAGAACUCAACUUCUUGGACUCAGUUUCCCUAACUGAAGUGGAACAGAAAUCCCUUCCUUGCCUGACUCAAGGAAGUACCGUGAAGCUCAGAUAAAAGUCAGUGGCCAGUGCUUGGAAAGUUUCAAACUGUUGCAGGGGUGGCCUGCCACUACAGAGCACGGCCCAAGGUCACAUAGGAAGUUUGCUGUGGGCUGAGCCCACUGCCCAUCAGUUUUCUCUUUGCCCUGCUUCUCAUUUAGGUAGAUGUCAACCAGAAUGAGAAGCCAGAACUUGGCCUUGGUGACCCAACUGGGAGAAAAGUGUAGACACUGUUUCAGAAUGCCAUGCCCAAGGACCGAGGUCCCAGCAAUCAGGACAGGGAGGGAACACAGAGUGAUUGGGGGAUAGGGGCCUUUUGAUCCUUCCAGGCCUAGAGUCACCCACAUCUCCCACCUCUCAGAGCUAAAUAAGCUUUGGCUCUGACCUUAGGUCAAGGAGUUGAAUCCAUUGUCCAAUCAAAGAAAUCCAAGGGUGAGGGGAGAUAGAAAGUGCCUGCUCCAGGGCUGGUGUAAUAGCUCAAGUGGUAGAGUGUCUGCCUAGCAAGCGUGAGGCCUUGAGUUCAAACUCCAGUACCACCUCCCCCCCCCAAAAAAAAAAAGAAAAGAAAAAGAAAUUGCCUCCUUGUUCCCUUCAAAGUAUGAGGCUCUGUCUGGGAUCAACUGAGCUACCACAGCGUCUUGGUGACCCUUGGUGGGAGGGGUGGUCCUCAGGCCCAGUGAAAGCCCAGGCCUCUUGCCCUUAGAACUGAGCCCUGGUUUAUCUACAGUGGGGUUUCUGUGGCCCAGAUAGGCAGAAACUCCAGCCUUUGGCUAGGGCCUGUCCAUGCCCACUCAUCUAGGAGGAAAUGAUUAAGCCCAAUUUUGAACUCAUAGGGUCUCAUGGUCCCAGGCCUCUGUGCCUUUUAGGAUACUUUUCAGACUAAAUGAGACCCCCCUGAUCCUCAUUCCUACAGCCUGCCUUGGGCCUGGAGUUUUGCCAUUCUGGCCCAGGCAUCACUUUUUCCAUUUUUCCUGGAUGAAGUGGCCUACCUAUGGGGGGGAUCUCCACCUCUACCACUCCCCUGCAGGGGCACUAUAAACUACCUUUAAUGGGAGGCCUCUCCCAACUUGUCACCCGAAAAGGGAAGUCAAAGCACAGGUCCCUGGGACCCCUGAUUUAUAGAUACUCUGAUACAGUGGUUUUCUAACCAGGUACUAUGGAGUGGAAUCCCUGAUAUUCCACAGAACUUUGUCAGGGGCUGCUAUGGGGGUGGAAACGAUAGGAAUGGGGGCAAAGGCUGAGACUCCAGCCCUCCCGCCAUUCCCACUUCCACCAGAACAACUGCUUUUAUCUCUCUUGCCUAUUGAGGUUUCGCUUUUAUUUUGAUGAAAAACUUCAAACCACCAUUCUGAGGUUUGAUCUUAGACCAGCAAGCAGAGGUUCUAUUCUUGCUUUUCAUGUUGAAAUGGCUCUAGCCAUUCCAGCACUUUGUAUUGGAACUUGGGUCUCAGGCUCAAGCAUUUGCGCACACACACACACACACACACACACAGAGUAGUUUCCUAACUGACCCACCCUGAAGUUCUUGCCUGGAAUUGAUUUGGGAAUGGCCUGGUGCUCAGUGAGGAAGGGGCUUGAUCCUUGAUAUUGUUCCAUGCAGCAUGGGGACCAUGGAGCAAGGAAACAGACCCAACUCCCACCCAGGGCUUGUAUCUGCACCCCUGGGUGACACCCAGCUUCUGGCCUAGGUCUUCGAGAUGACAGGAGGAGCAGGGUGAUGGGAGUAGAGGAACCCAGAGCCAGGUUUCUCUUUACAUACAGCCAGAUGGGCAGAAAUCCAAAUUCAUAUAAGAGACACAUAGAGGUAAGACUUUUCUGACAAAAGCCCCUCUCUUGAGAGCAGGAUUCCACAGAGACCUUUUAAGUAGCAUGCGUCCCUUGAGUAAUGCUAAUAGGAUUCUGUCCCCACAUUUGUGGAUGACCAAAUUUGUGGACAAGAAGAGAGGUUGGACCCCCACUUGCACUCCCCUGAAUUGUCUCCCUGCCUGCCCCUCUGCCAGGGCCCCUUAAGGCGACUCACUAGCAGGUGGGCACUUUGGUAAGACCUGAACCGGCCCUUGGCAUCUAGUCCUGCCUGAACCCCCCUCUCAGGGCAUUGCCAUCUGCACCAGAGAGAGCCAGCUGGUACUUCAUAUUCAGUUCAAGUGUGCCCUUGGAGAUGGGGCUAGUGCCAGGCUCCGCCCACCUCACAAGGCUAGUUCAAAGGCCACAGGUGGUAGCAUAUGAGAGGCAGGUGAGGCCUAGGCCUGAGUUAACGACCUGUAGAGCCCUCAGCAGCAUGAAGGCAGGAUGUGCCCUCUCUUCCUGGGCGUCUCUGCUAUGUGUUAAGGUCCAGUCACGAGGCUGCAAGGCUGCCUCUUUCUGGGGAGUGAGAGCUGGCAUGUGUGUGUUCUAGGUGUGGCUGGAAUGGUCUUUGGGUCUGUGGCCCUUCUGUGAAGUGACUAUUUGUGACACUUUCAUUCCUGGACCACUUCCAGGUUAACCUGUUACCUGUGGCAUUCUUUAUUCUGUCAGAUAAGUUAUUAGAGUUUAUUCAGCUCCAACAGGACAAAUGAACAAAAGAACCAUAAAUAAAGGCCAUUAAAGAU